GCCAAACUUUGAUCGAAGCACAGUUGCAAACGUUGGCAGCAGCUGGGUUAAAAGGUUAGAACACAGGCAGUGGUGGUAGAUCGGUUGAUUUGAGUAAAAACGAUACCGGCAAUAACAACAACAACUUUAAGAUAACCGAAAUUGAAUUUUUGGAUAUAAAUACAAACGAAAACAGCUGUUUGCGAGAGACAACUACAAUAAAAAGAAGCAGUAAAAAAAUUCCUCCAUUAAUUGUUUCGGCUGCAUUGCGUUUAGCUCUCACACAUAUACAAGCAGCAAGUCAUCUAUCUCCCGCUUCAGCUCAUGUUAAUUCUCAGUCAAACACUCAAAUGCCUAGCUGGCAGAAAGCUUUGGCAAAAAUCAUAUGCUAUAACAUGUAGGGGCAAAAAUUUAGCAACCUCUUGCUCUGCCAAUGAAAUAACCGAUCUCCACCCAUUGAAGGGCAUAAAGGUGCUCGAUCUUACCCGCAUUGUGGCUGGACCUUACUGUACCAUGAUUUUAGCUGAUUUUGGAGCAGAGGUAUAUAAAAUCGAACGUCCCUAUGUUGGUGGAGAUGAGUCACGCAAAUGGGGUCCUCCUUUUCUGGAGAAAAGUAAAGAUGCCACCUAUUUUAUGGCCUCCAAUCGUAACAAGAAAAGUGUCUGCAUUGAUUUAAAAAAGGGAAAAGAUGUCAUCUAUGAUCUGGCCCAGAAAUGUGAUAUUCUGGUGGAGAAUUAUGUGCCAGGAAAAUUGAAUGAGUUACAUUUGGGCUAUGAUCAAUUGAAGAAGAUAGCGCCUCAGCUCAUUUAUUGUUCGCUAACAGGUUAUGGCUCCCAGGGUCCAUAUGCCAAGAGACCUGGUUAUGAUGUGAUAGCGGCCUCUAUGGGGGGAUUAUUGCAUAUUACCGGCGAACGUAAUGGACCUCCCAGCAAAGUUGGUGUGGCUGUUACAGAUGUGGCCACUGGCCUAUAUGCACAUGGGGCCAUUUUAGCCGCCUUGCUACAACGCCAGCGUACUGGGAGAGGACAAAAAAUCGAUGUGAAUCUCUUUUCCACUCAAGUCUCGAUGCUUAUCAAUGUGGCUGCUAAUUAUUUAAAUGCUGGUCUUGAUGCCCAGCGGUGGGGUACUGCUCAUUCCAGCAUUGUACCAUAUCAAAGCUUUAAGACUCAAGAUGGUUAUCUCACCUUGGGCACCGGCAGUGACAAACAAUUUCAAGAAUUAUGUGAGCUAUUGGAAAUCAAACAUUUGGCUGAAGAUCCCAAAUUUAAAACCAAUAAAGAUCGUGUAGAAAAUCGUAAGGAAAUUGUGGAACUAUUGGCAAAUAUUUUAUGCCAAAAAUCCUCCACUGAAUGGAUGAAAUUAUUUGCAGCAGCUUCAUUUCCUGUGGGACCGGUAAAUAGCAUACGUGAGGUUUUCGAAGAUGAGCAUAUCAAAGCCAUUGGUUUAGUAAAGACAUUACCCCAUCAAACAGAUGGUGAAAUCAAGGUGGUGGGUCCUCCUGUGGUCUUUAGUGAGUCGAAUAAUGAUGCUAGAACUGCCCCUCCCGUUUUGGGCCAACAUACAGAUGAAGUGUUGGCAGACGUCUUGGGUUAUACCAAAGAACAAAUUGUAGGAUUAAGAAAUAAAAAGAUUAUAGAAUAAAUUUUGUAAUAUUUCAUAAUGUGCCAAUUGAAAACUUAAAAAUAAUAAAGAAUAUGCGAAGAAAAAAAACCA